GCUGUCCAAGGGUUUCGACUUAAAGGCUUUUGAAGCGCACGUAAAGGUGUAAGGCGUGAUAAGUGUAACUCUUAUUUGCGUGUGAAGUGGGACAGUGGAAAUUUCCUGCACGCCUCGCUGCUCCUCCUACCCGGCGUGCGCUACUGAUAACUAAGUUAGAAAAGUCUGCCGGCGGUCCGCUGCUGAGCUCAGUGCCGCUAUCGGGGGACGCCGGCGAGGGCUUCUCCGGCGCCCGAAACCAUGAAAUAUGUGGAGAGGAUUUUCGAUGAACUCGGACACUUCAAACGGUUCCAGGCGUGCCUGUACUUCGCCGCUGUCUUCCAGGCUGUCGCCUGCGGGAUCCACUACCUGGCCUCGGUGUUUCUGGUGGUUACGCCGAAGUUCCUCUGCGGCGCCCCGGACAAUGUCACCGGGGUGCUGUUCGAGAACCACAGCGCCGGAGCCCUUGCGGACAUCUGGCGCCACUUCGCUCCGGGCUCCGGCCCCGUCGUGGUGCGGACAGCCGCCGGGGAGCAGUGGGAGCUGAGCCAGUGCAGGAGGGCGCUGAGGAUCAACCCCACCGAUUUCACCUAUCACUUUGCCGGCAACAAGAGCAUGCAGUCGUGCGCCGGGAGGUUCAGCUAUGACCUGAGCGAGAUCCAGCAGAGCAUCGUGACGGACUGGGACCUGGUGUGCGAGAAGGAGUGGCUGGCCAAGUUCUGCCAGCCCACUUUCAUGCUGGGGGUGCUGAUCGGCGCGGUCGUCUUCGGGGACAUAGCCGACAGGCUUGGGCGGCGGCCAAUCCUGAUGCUGACCAGCCUGUGCCAAUUCGCCUUCGGCGUCUGCGUGGCAUUUACGGGUGACUACUACACCUUCGUCGUGAUUCGAUUCCUGCUGGCUAUGGUCUCAAGCGGGUACCUGGUGGUGGUGUUUGUCUACGUGACGGAGUUCACGGGGAUCAAGGUGCGCACGUGGACCUCCAUGCACGUGCACGCCGCCUUUGCCGUGGGCGUCAUGGUGGUGGCGCUGGUGGGUCACCUCAUCAGGGUGUGGUGGCUGUACCAGGUCGUCCUGUCCCUGAGCACCAUCCCCUUCAUCCUGGUCUGCUGGAAGCUCCCCGAGACUCCCUUCUACCUGCUGGCCAAGGGCCGGCUUAAGGAGGCGCAGGAACUGCUGGACCAGAUGGCUUACUACAACGGCGCCUCCAACCCCGUCAUGGUGUCGGACUUGAUGGAGCCCGACGCGGCCAUCCUUCUGGACGGGGAGGGCAAGGCCUCAAAUGGGAAGACGGAGAGGAAGCUCAGCAUUCUGGACCUGUUCUGUAGCUGGAGGAUGGCGGGCAGGACCCUCACGGUCUGGGCCGUGUGGUUCAUCGGUAGCCUGGGCUACUACGUCUUCUCCCUGAACUCCGUCAACCUGGGGGGAAACCAGUAUGUCAACCUCUUCCUGGCAGGUGCUGUUGAGCUCCCGUCCUACUUGGUAGGCUGCUUUGCCAUGGACAAGGUUGGCAGAAAGAGGACGUGUGCCCCAUCCCUGCUGUUGAGCGGCGCCGCAUGCAUGCUCAUCAUUGCGGUGCCCAAGGACUUUGAAGUACUCACUAUUAUCCUAAGCAUGAUGGGAAAGUUUGCCAUCGCGAUUGCCUUUGGGCUGAUAUAUCUCUACACCUGUGAGCUCUACCCAACCAUCAUAAGGUCCCUGGCCGUGGGCAGCGGGAGCAUGAUGUGUCGUGUCGGCAGCGUUGUGGCCCCCUUCUGCGUUUACCUGUCUGACGUCUGGGUUCACCUGCCACAGCUCAUAGUUGGCAUCCUGGCUUUCGCCAUCGGCGUGCUGACGCUGCUGCUGCCCGAAACCCUCGGCAAGCCCCUGACGUCCACGCUGGAGGAAGCAGAGGCCUUGGCCUCCACGCCCGCCAAGAAGCCGCCGCAGCAGCAGGCGCAGGAAAUGCGCCACAGAGCCCCGCUGGAUGCCAAGGCCGACGGACUUGACAUUGAUGUUUUGGACCAAGAUGCUUCUGGAGCCAAGGGUAACUUGAGCUGAACCUCUAGUUCACAAACAUACCCAUAAUUAACUCUUAUUUUAAAACAGACAUACUUUUGAGAUUGUCAGGUUCCUCACUUGAACUGUAUAUUUAUCGCUUUGACUUCUUUGAAUACUGUAAUGAUUUCUUUUAGUAAGAGUUCAAAUUAAAACAUGUAAUCUAUUUAAAUCCUUUUCUGGUGUUAUAUGAAACUACCUGCCAAAAAAAAAAUGCAAGCUCAUACUUGUAGAAUAUCAGACAAUUAAUGCUGACAGGUCCUGGGCUCGAUGGUAGUUUAAUAAUACAGUCAUAUUUGUAAUUUCCAAA